UUUAUUUUAAAUAUAAGAAAAAAAUUUUAGUUUUCAAAUUUGAAUUAUUAAUCUUGUGAGCUGAUUAAAAACAUAAUUAAGUCUAGGCAAACAAAGUUAAAUCAAUAGCAGUAAACAGUAGAAGACCAGCAGUUCAAGACAUGAACAGUUGGUUACAUGCCGUCAUGUAUAACCCAUAUAUCAUUUUUUAUUACUGAUUAGAAUCAGUCAUAUAUAUAUACAUAUAUUUUUUUUUAAUACUCAUAUUUGAUAGCAGAAUAUUAAAUUAAUGAAUAAUAUUCGCGACUACGGUUAAAAGUUUAAUUGAAAUCAAUAAUCUCGGAUCAAUAAGAGAUAAGUGAUGGACAGCAGCAAGAAAUACGAUAAUCCAAAUCCACGAUUGACAGCUAAUAUUUUUAGUAAAUUAAUAUUUUGGUGGUUAACCCCAUUGUUCUCUUAUGGAAGAACUCAUGAUCUGCAGGCUAAAGAUUUGCCAAAUGUUUUACCUGACGACCGAAGCGAAUUACUUGGAGAUGUUCUCGAAAGAAACUGGAAAAAAGAACAAGAUUCCGCACGUGAAGAAAAAAGAUCUCCAAGAUUAUUCACAGCCUUACGAAAUACAUAUUUACUGCCAUACUUAUAUUUUGGAUUUUGGGUAGCUUUGUGCACUGCAUUAAGAAUACUCCAACCAUACGUAAUGGGGCUUCUUAUCUGGUAUUUCGAUCCACGAUCCAAUAGUUCGAUUAGCGAAGCUUACACAUACGCAACAAUAGUAAUUUCCUUAUCGUGUUGUAUCGGUCUACUUGAGCACCACAUGAAUUCAAAACAAAUUGAGUUUGGAAUGCGCGUACGAGUCGCAUGCUCGUCAUUGGUUUACCGAAAGAUGCUAAAAUUGUCAACCUCAGCUGCUAGUACAAUAGCCGGCGGACAAAUAAUGAAUUUGUUAUCAAACGAUGUAUCAAGAUUCGAUUAUUUAUUUAUGUUUCUUCAUUAUCUCUGGAUACUUCCGUUCCAAGUAAUAGCCACAGCAUUUUUAAUUUGGCAAAGCGUCAAAGUUGCCAUACUAAUUGGUAUAUUUUUUAUGAUACUACAAACUAUACCACUGCAAUUAUAUUUAAGUAAAUGGACAUACAAAUUUCGUAAUAAAAUAGCCAAGCGUACAGACGAACGAGUACGUUUGAUGACUGAAAUAAUAAACGGGAUACAAGUUAUAAAAAUGUAUACAUGGGAAAAACCAUUUCAACAAUUGGUAUCACUUGCCCGUAAAUAUGAAAUAGACAUACUAACAAUAAUGUCAUACUUAAGAGGCUUCAAUUACGCGACAUUUGUAUUUACUGAACGCAUAACACUUUAUUUUACAAUAAUGGCGUAUGUACUCGCUGGCAAUACUCCAUCUGCGGAUAUUGUAUUUUCAAUAGCACAGCAUUUAAAUAGAUUGCAAUUGACAAUGGCAAUUUAUUGCCCACAAGCAAUAUCAGCAAUCGCCGAAUCUCUGGUAUCAGUAAAACGAUUGGAGAAAUUUUUACUGUUACAAGACAAUAAACCGCUGAUGAUAUCAUCAUCACCUGCUGAUAAAUCUGUGGUAAAAAUAAAAGACGGAAGUGCCUCGUGGGAGGAAAAUUCAAUUGCCAACACAUUGCACAACAUUAAUAUUACAAUAAAUGCUGGACAAUUGUGUGCACUCAUUGGGCCAGUUGGUGCUGGUAAAAGUUCGCUGUUACAAUUAAUUUUAGGUGAGCUACCUGUCAAUCACGGACACGUGACAAUUGGUGGACGUGUGUCUUAUGCCUGUCAAGAGUCUUGGCUGUUCUCGGGCUCAGUGAGAAAUAAUAUUUUAUUCGGACAGCCAUAUGAUGAAAGACGUUAUCGUCAAGUGACAAAAGCUUGUGCCUUAUUAAAAGACUUUGUACAACUACCUCAGGGAGACAAAACACUAGUCGGUGAACGUGGUGCUGCAUUGAGCGGUGGGCAGCAAGCGCGUAUUAAUUUAGCAAGAGCUGUUUACAGGGACGCUGAUAUUUAUUUGCUGGAUGAUCCUCUGUCGGCUGUUGACACCCAAGUUGGAAAAAGUUUAUUCGAAGAUUGUAUCAAGGGAUUCUUAGGUAAUAAAACACGUAUACUAGUUACACAUCAAGUCCAGUACUUGAAAGACGUUGACUUGAUUGUCGUGCUGAACAAUGGAGUGAUUGAGAAACAGGGCUCCUAUGAAAGCUUCGACCCGCAGCAUUUUAAGCUGAUGCAUUCUAAUAGCACUGAGGGAUCGGAAAAGAGUUCGUCUGUUGACAAGGAGGCUACGCCAUCCGCUGAUACUUCCUACAUGUCAAAUGGACUCUCCGAAGACGAGAGCGAAGAGCCUGAGGAGACUCAGGAACUGAUGGCUAAGGGUAACUUAAAUAAAGCUUUGGUCUGGAAAUAUUUCAGAGCAGGCGGGUCAUUUGUGAUGCUGCUCACCUGGUUGUUGUUUACAAUCCUCGGGCAGAUUGGGAGCAGCGGUUCUGAUUACUGGGUCGCUUACUGGACUACACAAGAAGAAAUUAAGUUUAGAAUACAUGAUAAAUCAUUUGCGAAUGAUACACUCGGUACUUUAGACGGAAACUCAACCUCAGGUACUUCAGAUAAUGAUACGAGUGUUGAUCUACAAGAGGCAAUAAAUCAAACGCUUUUAGCCAACCAGACCAUGGCUGGUGAUGAAGCCUUUUAUGAUAAAAAUACGGCUCUGACAAUAUACGGGAUUCUGAUUGCGCUGUGCGUAAUUAUGAUAACAGCCAGAAAUUUAAUGUUCUAUAAAGUUUGUAUGAAUGCAAGUAAAAAUUUGCACAAUUCAAUGUUUGCUUGUUUAUUGCAAGCGCCAAUGAAGUUUUUCAAUACCACCUCGUCGGGCAGGAUAUUAAACAGAUUUUCAAAAGACAUUGGGUGUGUCGACGAACAGUUACCAAAGUGUAUGGUCGAGGCGAUACAAAUUUACGCAGUAAUGCUUGGAAUAUUCGUCCAAAUAAUAAUCGUCCAUUGGUGGAUGGUUUUUUUUAUAAUUGUCAUGAUAAUAUUUUAUUGGGUAAUUAAAAAUAUAUAUUUAGCAACAGCCCAAGAUGUCAAGCGGCUUGAAGGUGUGGUCAAGAGUCCUGUUUUUACGCACGUAAGUUCAUCAAUGGCAGGACUGACGACCAUCAGGUCGGGAAAUAGUCAGGAAUUGGUACGAAAAGAAUUUGAUUCUUAUCAAGAUGUGCACACAAGUGCAUUCUCAAUGAUUGUUUUCACGAGUGCCUGGUUCUCGUUGUGGCUAGACGUAGUUACGAUAACAUUCGUCGCCUGUACGAUUUACAGUUUUGUUAUAAUAGACAAUGAAAAUACUUUUGCUGGGUCAGUUGGUCUAGUUGUGUCACAAAUUCUUAUUCUUUGUGGCAUGUGUCAGUUCGGAAUAAGAACAACUGCCGAGGCGAUGACGCAGAUGACAAGUGUAGAGAGAGUACUGCAGUUUACAAAACUUGAUAAAGAAGGACCCUUUGAAAGUGACGUUAAUCAAAAACCACCAUCGACAUGGCCCAGUCAUGGACAAAUUAAGUUUGAGCAUGUCUACUUAAGGUACAACGAAGAUGAUGCGCCGGUACUUAAAGAUUUAAAUGUCACUUUUGAUGCUGGAAUUAAAGUGGGAAUCGUCGGGCGCACUGGUGCCGGUAAAUCCUCUUUAAUUUCGGCGCUAUUUAAUUUAACAAAAUUUGAUGGUAAUAUUUAUAUAGACGGUCUAAGUACAAAUAAAAUUGGCCUGCAUGAUUUAAGAAGCAAGUUAUCAAUAAUACCUCAGGAGCCGAUUCUUUUUUCGGCAACUCUACGGGAUAAUCUUGACCCAUUUCAUGAGUACGACGAUGCGAGUAUCUGGUCAGCUUUAGAAGAAGUUGAAUUAAAAAGUGCCGCGCCUUCACUGGACUAUAUUGUCACUCAGGGUGGGAGUAACUUUAGCGCUGGUCAGCGGCAAUUAUUGUGCCUGGCACGUGCUAUUGUGCGUAACAACAAAAUUCUUAUUAUGGAUGAAGCUACGGCUAAUGUUGACCCUGCGACAGACGAACUGAUUCAGAAAACUAUUAGAAAUAAAUUCAGAAAUUGUACUGUGCUGACAAUCGCUCAUCGUCUCAAUACGAUCAUGGACAGCGAUCGGGUACUGGUGAUGGACAGUGGAAGAAUCGUUGAAUUCGAUCAUCCUCACUUAUUAUUACAGAACCAGGAGGGAUACUUUAGUCGGAUGCUUAAGGAAACCGGAAAAGCAAUGAAUGAUAAAUUAAAAUUAAUAUCACAGGAAACUUACAACAGCAAAUUCACUGCCGAUGAACCACCUCAUUUAGUCAAUGGAACACCAAAGCCAUAAGUCCAUUUUUUUUAAGUUCUACUCCGUAUAUUUUUUUUUUUAUUUUACUUAUUCUUGUACUUACAGUACUUAUUUAAUUACUUACUUUUUUUGAAUAUUUUCACAUUGACAAGACUCUUUUUUUUUGAAACUCAAGUACAAUUUAAAUUGUUAGUAAUUAUUCAAUCAGUUCUAUAUAUUUUUGGGUAAAAAAUAAUUACUGUGAUAAUGAAAAGCAGCAGAUUACUGAAAAUUUAAUAUUUUUAAAAAAUCAAAGUAAAUAUUAACAGAAAAUUUAUUUAUAAAAAUAAAAACUUAAAAAUUUUUUGA